CUCCUGAUGCCGAUUUUGAAUCACUGUCAACAUCGUGAAUGCGUUUCCUGCCAAAAUGCUCUCACCUGAACGUGCGUGUUGUCUGUACUGGUUCUAAAUCGUGGAACUGUGGUUUUACGCAUCUUCCUUGUCUGACCAGUAUACUGCAACCUACACCAGGCGGAAAAACAAAGAUGCGCCCAGAGCAUCAUCCACCCACAAACUCAAAGAACAACCAGCCUCAGUGAUAAAAGCCAGAGUCCACACCAAGUCUACAUGAAUGUUCUGACUGGACCAACACAGCUCUGACAAAGGUUUUCAUCAGGAUCUAACAGGGUUACGUUUACAAUGAAGCAGCAGGUGUGGGAGAGAUCUGACGAAACGUGUGGGCCUGUAGCGUGACACAGAGUGAGAGAUGAGGACCAUACUUUCUGUGUAUAGAGGCGCUGAUGAAGGGGAGCCCCGCAGCCUCCGCAGUAGGGUGGGCAGGAUGAGGAAGCUCCCGUGGCUCAGGCCAACUCACUGUGUGGGUGUGCACAUGGACACAGAGCCUGGCGUGUGGCUGAGGAGCUUCCAGCUGUUGGACACUGAUGGACAGUGUGAGGACCCAGUGCAGGAGUGGGGGGAGGAGAAAGAGGACGGAGCCGUGUUUGGCAUCACGUUGCGCAGAGAGCCCGUUCAGCCAAGCUCAGAUGUGGCGGAACUCCCCACGGUCUCCAGCUUUAUCCAGUACCACACGGUGAAGGUACGCAGACUGAAGGCCGGCUCCCUGGAGCGACUGGUCACCCACCUGCUGGACCCCGUGAACCAGGAGCCCGACUUUGUCCGAAUCUUCCUCUCCACCUACAGGGCCUUCACCUCCACCAGCACGCUCAUUGACCUGCUGUUUCAGAGAGAUGACUCCAUUGCCAACCUGGAUAAUGUUGUCUGCCCCCAUAGUGCUUUACCCAUGGUAAUCCGCCUGUGGCUGGAGGAAUACAGUGAAGACUUCCAUGUGCCGCCUCAGUUUCAGGCCCUGAGGCUGUUGUGUGUCCACCUGCGGCGUCGCCUCUGCUUCAGACGCCUAGCUCAGUCUGCUGAGUGCCUGCUCAAAAGGCUUGAAGAACAAGGUACAGGCAGCGAUUGUCAUGGUUGUAGCCGAUCUGUGUCAAAGCACAGCAGUGAAUCACUACAGCAGGACAACAGAGAUCAGGAGGUUGGAGGAGAGAUGUCUCCUAAGGAAGAAGACAAAUGCAACUUUAUGGACUUCCCUGUGAAAGAAGUGGCAGAGCAGCUGACUAGACUGGAUGCUGAGCUGUUUGUCAGAGUGGUGCCCUUCCACUGCCUGGGCUGUGUCUGGUCCCAGCGUGACAAGAAAGAGAAUCAAAACCUGGCGCCCACCGUCCGUGCCACCAUCUCCCAGUUCAACACUGUCACCAACCGUGUCAUCACUUCACUCCUCUGCCCGUCCCCAUCCUCCCCUUCCACUCCCAUCUCAUCACCAAGUUCCUCCUCUGCCUUCCUGUACCCCUCCACUGCCCCGAGCUCACCUCUCUGCUCACAUGCCAGCCCCACCCACAGAGCGCACAUCAUUGAGGGGUGGAUUGCGGUUGCACAGGAGUGCAGACAGCUGAAGAAUUUCUCGUCACUGAGGGCCAUCCUUUCAGCCCUGCAGUCCAACGCUGUAUAUCGCCUCAAGAAGACCUGGGCAGCUGUCAGCAGGGAAAGCAUGGCCACCUUUGACAACCUCUGUGAGACAUUUCCUGAUGAGAACUGCGUGCUAACCAGCAGAGAGAUCCUGGUGGAGGAUGGGAGUCAGCUGGACAGCAGUGCCACCCCGACCUCUAAAUCACCUCGGCUCUGCCCGGUGUCCAGACAGACGAACUUCACUAGUGGUGUUGUACCGUACCUGGGCACAUAUCUGACUGUCCUCACCAUGCUGGACACAGCACUGACUGACACUGUGGAGGGUGGACUCAUCAACUUCGAGAAGCGCAGACGGGAGUUUGAAAUUCUUUCCCAGAUUCGACAGCUUCAGACCAGCUGUUCCCACUACAGCCUUCCAGUGAACCCUUAUAUCACCGCCUGGCUGCAGGCACACACGCUGCUCACUGACCAGGAGAGCUAUGAACUGUCUCGAGACCUGGAGCCUCCGGUUGACCCCUGUCCCAGCUCUCCGAGCAUGUGGAGCAGUCGUCUUCUCGCUAGGAAACUUGUGUCGUUGCGAACAGUGAGUGACAGCUGCCUCAGGAAGACCCACGCUGACCAGAUUAGUGUGUCGUCAUCUGGCUCCAGCAGCUCUGACAUGGAGGAUCUCUGCGCCCCACAGCCCUCCCCACUCAGACUCAAAAUCAAGUCCCUCUCAGGCUCUCUGCACAAUGUAGCAGCGGAUUUCUCCUCCAGCACCACACCGUCCUCCUCCUCCUCGCCCAUUCUGUCCCGCUCCUCCUGCAGCUCCACUCCUCCAGACCUCAGCUCCUCCUGUCUGGUGCUGAGCCCCGACUCGCCAUCCUCUAGCUGCUCUCCUCAGGCCUCGCUGCCCGUCUACAACAAACAGGUCGCCGACUCGUGCAUCAUCAGGGUCAGCGUGGAGUGUGUCAGCAAUGGGAACGUCUAUAAGAGCAUACUGCUGACCAGUCAGGACCAUACACCUCAGGUGAUUCAACGAGCCCUUGAGAAACACAGCAUGGAGGAUGCCAGCUGCCAUGACUUCAGCCUCUCUCAGGUGCUCGGCAAUGGGAAAGAGCUCCAGAUCCCUGACAAAGCCAAUGUAUUUUAUGCCAUGUGCACCACUGCCAACUAUGACUUUGUGCUGCACCAGCGCUGGAGGAGCCCCAGGGGACUUUUCACCCCCUCUUCCAGCCCUGGAGCUCAACUCAAGAGCCGCCACACCAAGAAUCAAGCAUCUGUCCUGAGUGAAGGUUAGAGGUACAACUGGAACACGGAGCCACUGCUUGUCUGCAGCGACGACACAUCUGUGGCCAUUUAAAUUGUCUCUCUGCCAUGGAGAAUCUAAACAAACCUGAGAGCUGUGACUGAAAAAUAAGCUCGAGGAGUUCUCGUCAAUACACAGUCUUAACCAGGAGCAACCCUGAGAUGUUAUGCCAAGAAUUACUCUGGACUGAAGAGUUCAAGGGAAAUGUCUACAUAUACGGAAGACGGAUGGCAAGGAGAAUCAGACACUUUCCAGUUGUCCUCUACCAUCUUAAAACCCAACACAUGGAUGUAUAAACCACAUUUACCCUGGACCACUUGUGGAUUGUAGUACAUCAUGGACCAUGUUCAAUCCUGGAAGAACACUUUAGCUUUCACUGCAGCUAGUUACAAAUAUGAGGAGUAGCUGGUCCAACAAAGCAGUACCGGAUCAUAACGUUACAAUUGGAAAACAACUCUGGCCUCUGGACCGGGAUGCAGCCAGGGGACUUUUCCAUGGGCUUGUUUGGCAGAAUGAAUAAGAGGAGCAGCUGCCUUUGAUGUAAUAUAUAAGUUAUGUUUGGGAUGUUCGCUGCUAGUUGAUGAGUAAGCUUUCCCAAACUGACCUGGGUCAGAUGUGAAAUCUGUCGGACAUCGGCCAAGCACACACGCACUGAAAAACAAUGCAGCUCCUCUAAAUCAGAUGGUGUAUAAAAGACUGCGUGGACCCAGGCCUGAGAUGUUGUUUGUCUGGAGAGUCUGUCCUAAGUAUUCAGUCAGCUUCUAGUUGAGGGUUUAAGUGUUAAGUGUUUUAAAGUAACUUAGGAGUAUUUUCUAAACUUAAAUUAUUUAAUGCAGUUCAGUAUUCAGCUUUUAGAACACAAAUGGCAUGAUAAAAAUGUUUUUGAGCUUUAGUUAAUUUAUAAUCCUCUCUGCAGUCUUUAACUCUGCUGCUGUCCUCAGACAUACAGUCAAUGUCCUUCACUUGCUUUGGUAUCUUGUAAGCUCAGCUCAAGUUUGUAUCCAUUUGAUUGAAGGAAACAGAUUUACACUGUCUGCUGGUAUUAAAUGAAGGAGGCUUUGUAGUUACAUAUGUUUAUAUUCAGCAGUCGGUGUUAGAGCUGUUGUAUGUCACUCACUGAUUGGAAAGGCUGUGAUCCACACGAGGCUGCUGAUCAGAGCAACUUGGCACAUAAAAGUACAAGAACAGGUCUUGUGCCACAAGGGGACUACAGCUAACUCCCCCUGCCUAUGUGUAGUGCUGUGACCAAGAUUUACCUGAAGAAUGGUUCUUGUAUGUGUAAAUGAAGUGUUUCAGUAUGUGAAUUAGAUUUGACAUGUAUGAUCAGUGAUCAUACAUUACUGAGUACUGGUGUCAGAGUCAUGUAGAUCAGUCAAAAUGUGCUGCUUUCCAGUCACUGGAAGAUGCUCAUACAUUGGUUCACAUGCAUAUUUUAAAAAAAAAACGUACAUAAAGGUGAAGUCUCCUGAGUUUUGUGCAGAUUUUUGCACCACUGAUUCAAGCUGCUGUGGUUUGGUAAAGGUCAGGUGAGAGGUUGGUGACGAGGUCUGGCAGCUGCAACGUAUGAAGGUCUACAGCGGGACUUCUGCUGUAUCCGUCUGUUGACUUUAUCAGUAGUCGGUUUUCAUACCAGUUCUCCCCUUUGAUGGAAUUGUACAUGAAACUGUCACAUUGUAACUUGAGCCCACAUGUCUUUGGUCUUGUAUUUUAUUUCAACAGAUUCUUUAUUUUUUUAAGUUUAAUCAAAGCACUUGCUGUUUAUAAUUAAUAUUUAAUUUCCACUAAUAAAAGCCAACUUACAAUUU